AUGUAUGGGGCUGUAUUUAUACAUACACACGAGAGAACAAAAGGACACUCACUUGACAAACAUAACACUUGUCCUGUUGUCCAUAAAUCAGACAUGGAUAUGAGAAGGGCUUUCGCCUGCACCCUGCUACUGGCGGCAAUGUCGCCUCUUUCGGCGUCGGAUGCGUCGAGCAAACUCUACAUAGUGUACAUGGGGGAGAAGAAACAUGAUGAUCCAUCCAUGGUCACCGCGUCACACCACGACAUACUAACCUCUGUUUUUGGAAGCAAGGACGAAGCCAUGAAGUCGAUAGUUUACAGUUACAGGCACGGAUUUUCUGGCUUCGCCGCCAUGCUCACUGAGUCUCAAGCUGCGACACUUGCAAAAUGUUCUGAUGUUCUCAGUGUGAGGCCCAACAUAUACCACGAAUCGCACACGACACGGAGCUGGGACUUCCUCGGCCUUGACUACGACCAACCGCCAGCGGAUUCAGGCCUCCUGCAAAAGGCAAAGUACGGUGAAGAUGUCAUCAUCGGGGUGAUCGAUUCAGGGAUAUGGCCUGAAUCAAGAAGCUUUGACGACAGCGGCUACGGUCCGGUACCGGCGAGGUGGAGAGGCACAUGCCAGGCCGGCCAGCAGUUCGACGCCACGAGUUGCAACAGAAAGAUCAUCGGCGCACGAUGGUUCAGCGAUGACAUGAGCGAUGAGGAGCUCAAGGGCGAGUACAUGUCGCCCAGGGACCUCAGCGGCCACGGCACGCACGUCGCCUCGACGAUCGCCGGCGGACAGGUUUCGAACGUGAGCUACGGAGGCCUUGCCGCCGGGGUGGCACGCGGCGGGGCGCCACGCGCCAGACUGGCAAUCUACAAGGUGUUGUGGGGGGCACGUGGAUCGGGCAGCCACGCGGGGGUCCUUGCGGCCCUCGACCACGCCAUAGACGACGGCGUGGAUGUCCUGUCACUCUCGUUGGGACAGGCAAGCAGCGAGCUCUUUGAGACGCUGCACGCCGUCGAGAGAGGGAUCUCCGUCGUGUUCUCUGCCGGGAACGGCGGACCUGUGCCGCAAACGGCGUGGAAUGCGGUGCCUUGGGUCACCACGGUGGCUGCGAGCACCAUAGACCGGUCUUUCCCUACACUGAUAUCGCUCGGGAAUAAACAAAAAUUGAUGGGGCAAUCGCUUCACAACAAUGCAUCUAUGAACAUCAGUGGCUUUAAGGCCCUUGUUUACGCGAGGAGCUGUAGCAUGCAGUCGCUUGCGUCAAGCAACAUCACCGGUAAAAUUGUUUUGUGCUAUGCACCAGCAGAGGCGGCCAUUACACCACCUCGGCUAGCACUUCCUAUUGUCAUAAAUCGUACAAUGGAGGCCGGUGCGAAGGGCCUCAUCUUUGCACAAUAUGAUGCCAACAUCCUCGACAUCUUGACCGUGUGUAAAGGCAACAUGGCAUGUGUAGUGGUGGACUUCGAAAUCGCGCACACAAUUCUCGCAUAUUUGGAUAAAACAAAAAAUCCAGUGGUGAAGGUGUCUCCUGCCAUGAGUGUUAUUGGGAACCAAGUGUUGUCGCCGAUGAUCGCCUCAUUCUCAUCAAGAGGCCCGAGUGCCGCGUUCCCAGGAAUACUUAAGCCGGAUGUUGCUGCACCCGGGGUUAGCAUCUUGGCAGCCAAGGGCAACACUUAUGUGUUCAUGUCCGGGACAUCCAUGGCGUGUCCGCAUGUAUCCGCGGUGGUCGCACUGCUUAAGUCAGCUCACCCGGAUUGGUCCCCUGCCAUGAUAAAGUCUGCCAUCAUCACCACAGCUUCCGUGGUCGAUCAUUUCGGUGUGCUGAUCCAAGCAGAGGGUGUCCCGAGGAAACUAGCUGACCCAUUCGACUUUGGUGGUGGCCAUAUAGAUCCAGAUAAGGCCGGUGACCCCGGCUUGGUUUACGACAUGAAUGGAAGAGAUUACAACAAGUUCUUAAAUUGCACCGAUGAAUUGUUAGACGACUGUAAGUCCUAUAUCAGCAAUCUUAACCUCCCAUCAAUCGCCAUGCCAGACCUCAAAGACAAUAUCACAGUCCGGCGCAUUGUCAUGAAUGUCGGGUCAGUUGAAGCAACUUACCGAGUGACGGUUGAGGCUCCCGCAGGGGUAACCGUAACUGUGGAGCCAUCUAUGAUCAGUUUUACAAGAGGUGGUAGCAAAAGCAUGAUGUUUACGGUGAUGUUCACAGCAAGGAAGAGAGUGCAAGGUGGGUACACCUUUGGGAGUUUGACAUGGUCAGAUGAAAAUACCCACUCAGUGAGAAUACCUAUUGCGGUGCAAACUGUAGUACAAGACUUUGUGAGAGAUACAUCAUAA